UAAAUUUCAGUUUGAAUACUUGACACCUCGCGUACGAGAGCUGCCAUUUCAUUUUGGCCAUUACGCAAGCUACCUUUCCCCUUCUGAUUUAGGAGGCCAGUCGGAAAUUCAACAAAAUGGAAUUAAAAACCUUACUUCGUUUAACUGUUAUUCUAACGGUGUUUGCAGCAGCCACGGUAAAUGUUAAUGCUGCUAGACGCGUCAUACUGCGUCCAUUGUCGGCCCAAGAAGUCGUAAGAAUUCUUAAGAUAGCAGGUCGUGAAGAUGCUGUGCCAGAGGGCCGCGUGGUUACCCAAGGACUGGCUGCCAUGACCGGUUUUGCUUUGGGUUUAACCAAAGGUAUUGGCGGUACAUUGCUCUUUGAUUUGGCUUCAUCAAAUGCUACCUCUCAGUUCAUCAACAAUUUUAAUGUCACUGGUAUGAUGGGAGAUUUUCAGGGUAUUAAUAUGACCGCUUUAACGCAAAUGUUUCAAUGGGGUUCCGCUAAUAAUUCUAGUGGCAUCAGGUACAAAACAACCGAGAUUUGCUUUAACACUCGCAUCGAAGAGCCCGUCGUUGAGGAGGUGGCAAGACAGGCAGCUGUUACAUCUCCUGCUGUCACAUCUCCUACCGUAUCCGAUACCCCAGCUACUACUGAUUCCGCAACAGGUGGGACAGGCACCAAUACUGUUGACACAAAUAAUACUGGGACCGGUGUUGCCGACGGCACUGCAACCGCUACUAAUACCGAUACUGGAACUGGUACGUCUAUUGACACAGGCACGGCAACCGAUACCAAGACAAAUACAGUCACACAAACUAAUUCAGGAGACGGCAUGACAUGCAUAGUUAUGCAAAAACCCAUUGUACGUAAACGACGUUCGUCACACCGCAAACGUAGGCGUUGAUAUUGCCACAACAUUUUUGUACAAAAUUAGUUAAGUUUAAUAUACAUAUUUAUUUAAUUUAAUUUAUUAUAUUAAUUUGCAAUAAAAAUUUCAAUACU